UCCUUUCGUUUCAAUAUAUUUAAAAUGUAUUUGCGGCGUGCACUAUGAUUUCAAUACUAACUACAGUUGGAACUGUAAUUGAUGCUUUGCUACUGCUGCCUAUUUCGACCGUGAUUGAGAGCAUAAUAAAUAUAAUAUAUUAUUUUCUCGCUGCCAGCUGGUUCAUAGGUUACUGCCUCGUCGAAGCCGGUGGGCACAUCUGGACCGCAUUAUGCAAUGUUUGGGACUACAUUUACUAUGGUACCGGAGACGGGCUCAAUCUUGCGCGGUACUUGGCAGAGGAACUAGUCCUUUCAAUAGGCAGCGUACUUAUUGGACUUGGCAACUGCACACUGUGGAUACUUAUGCUGCUCCCUCGAGCCAUUAUAAUUAUAGUUGACUAUAUUAUUCUAGCGCUUGAUCAAUUAGCUCGACAUAUUGUUGAGCGUGGCACAUAUUUACUCAAAAACGUCUUCCAACUCACGAUUGGCAUUGCGCUGCUUCUGGUGGUCUACAUGUUUCGCAGAUAUGUUCAUCUGCUAGCGCUUUAUCUCCUAAGGACCCUUAUUAAUGAGAUCUCAACAAAAGGGCGCUUGGCUUUACAGUGGUCGGCGAACUGGACUAAUCAGCAAGUCUCCUGGGUGUUUCAGAAACUGGAAGUUUCGGAAGCAUCGACGAAUGCUUCGGGUCAUCGAUCAAACUGUGUAGUGUGUCUAGAAAGGAACAAGAACAUCGUUAUCCUUCCCUGUCGACAUCUUUGCCUGUGCAAGGAGUGUGCCCAGCAGCUGCACCGCUUGGAGAGUGGCCAUCGUUGUCCUAUUUGCCGGAACGACGUCCACACAUUGCUGCCUGUCUAUGACUGAUUAUAUAUAUUAUAUUGUAUUUACUG